CCAACUGAAUCUGCUUUCAUUACAAUGGAGUAUCUGAAGUAUCUGACGCUGAUAUUUCUCAUCACACAGCGCUGUGGGGUUUCCUCACUGAGCACUGGUAUUGUGGGAGGUGAGGAUGCACCUGCAGGGAACUGGCCUUGGCAUGUCAGUCUACACUUUUUUGACUAUCACAUCUGUGGAGGAUCCCUCAUCAGCCAUGAAUGGGUGCUCACUGCAGCUCACUGUGUUUCCUUCUCACCCCCAGACAGUUACUGGACUGUUUAUCUGGGCAGACAGAGCCAAAACAUUUCAGUCUCUAACCCAAACGAGGUCAGUCGAGGAGUCCAAUCCAUCAUUAAACAUCCAGACUACGACCCGUAUCAGUUCACCAAUGACAUCGCCUUGCUGAGAUUGAGUGAGCCAGUGAACUUUACCAGCUACAUCAGCCCAAUCCGCCUGGCUGCUAAUGACAGUGUCUUUCACAACGGCACCACCUGCUGGUCCACUGGUUGGGAAGAAACUGGCUUUGUAGGCACUCAGUCUGGAACUCUGCAGGAAGUGCAGGUAAAUGUGGUGGGGAAUAAGGAGUGUGACUGCAGGUUUCAAGACAUCCAAUUUUGGGACAUACCAAUCACUCCGACAAUGAUCUGUGCUAGAGGAGAGAUGGGCAAAGGAACAUGUUUUAGAGAUUCUGGUGGUCCAUUACAGUGUGAGCAGGAUUCUGUAUGGAUCUUAGCCGGUGUCACUAAUUUUGGGAUUUCUUGCUACAAUAAUAUUACACCUGACAGUUAUGCCAGAGUAUCCGAAUUCCAAAACUGGAUCUUGAAAAAUGUUAAUGGAUCAGACAUUGGAUUUGUGACGUUUAAAUCUGAUGGGGAAGAUAAGGACAGCAGCUUCCUGUGCAAUGGAGAAGAGACAGUUUCAAGCCUUUUCUACCCAUUUGGAAAUGGAGACCUGGAGAAUCCCUCUCAAGAUGGAGUAGUAUUCUUGGAAAAGCCCUUUGUAUAUUUUGGACAUGUUUAUCAACACAUUUAUGUAAGCACAUUGUUUUCAUAAAUUCUGUGUAUGCAUGUGUGUAUGUAUAGAGCAUUCAGAAGGUAUUCAGAAUACCCCAAACCCCACAAAGACAAAGCAAAAAUCAGAUUUGUGAUUUAUUUAAAAGAAAACACUGAAAUAUUACACUGACAUAAGUAUUGUACCUUAACUCAG